AUGAUCAAGACCAAGUUGCUGGUGUAUGCGGCCUUGGGGUAUUCCAUAUGCCUUUGGCUUCUUUGUACGGGGGGGUAUGUCUAUCUGGUUGUGAGGACGUGUGUAGAGCUGGUAAGAUGUCUCGGAAGGAUCCUAGCUCUUGAUGCUUUCGAGAGUGUUUUCGAGGCUUUCCUUGUGAUCUGCGAUAGCGUGUCACCCAUUUGGUUUCUGAAAAUCUAUGUGUCGAUUGAAGUGCGGGUUCAUGAUGCCUUCAAAGGCCGCGAACAUCCUCCCUAUUUGGAGAGGCGAAUCGCUUCAAAGUUGUUCUUCAGGCCUCCAAUCAUCAUCUUCUCAUGUACUCUGCAGGCAUUAUCGGAAACUGACGGCGAGGAUAAAAGGCUCGAGGAGCAUACUGCGGCCGAUCAUGAUUCCAGCCUGUCCAGUAACGGAGACAGAACGUUUGAAGUGACCGGAAGUGAGACACCUGACGACGAACUCAGGUCAGAGGCAAACUAUAGCGAUGGCCAUAGUUGUGCGGCAGACACCGAUUUCUCCGGACCUGGAGAACAGGCCGAGGGUGAAGAUUCAGAAAGCGACCACAGAGGCGAAGAGCUUAUUGAUACCGACAUUGAAAGCCAGGCAGAUACCGAAGAUGGCGGCGUUCCGCUCCCUGUGAGACUUCUAGCUUUUGCAGAAAGCAAGGACUAUCUUGAGCACCAUGAUUGCAAUGAGUAUCCCACAGAAACCGAUGAAAUCGGAGAACUUGACAUGCCUCCAACGCCGUGUAGUCUGGGAGAAAGCAGUGGCCCCGUCAGGACCAAUAUGCCAGAACAGGCCCCAAUAGGGAAUAAAGAAGGGCCGGUUCCAGGCAACCCCAGCAGUGAAUUUGAUCUGCCUGGAACAGGGAAGCCCCCAACACCAAGUACUCCGGGGUCACAAGAGACGACUUCCAAAGAUCUGGAUACGGAUAAAAACAGCAUGGAUUUUGAAGCAAAUAAGAAAGCCUGGAUGGAAUCGGUGGCGGCGACUUCCUUGAAGCUAGAGCGUCUCGCGGGGAGCUGGUGGGAUGAGACCCUGGCGGUGAUGGCAGCUGGCUCGGAAGAGACUGAAGCGUUCACAAAGGCCGCGAGGGCGGCUUCCCAAGAGAUGGAGGCUCUCUUGAGAGACACGGCCAAGGCCACCAAUGAUCUCGAACAAGCCAAACAAGCCUGGAUCGCUUCAACCUCCAAGGCCUCGACGCUAGAGCAUCUCAAUGACAGUUUGUGGGACGAGACUCUGGCAGUGAUUAGAGCGGCCUCCGAAGAAGCUAAAGCGGCGCUCGAAAAGGUGGCAAGCACAGGCGACAAAGCCGUCGAGCCUCAUCGGUCCAAGGACCAGCCGAACAAGAGCCGGCCGAUGUCAAAGAAGCCACGCCAGGAGCCCGAGGAACGUAAUCCAGAUUGCAUUGAUCCCGAGAAGGAUUUUUAUGACGUCUGUUGGGACAUCCUUCAGGAGACCAACCUCGUGGGUGUGUACAUGAAGGACAAGAUGCUGCGGGAACAAUCACGAAAGAAGCAUCCCAAGAGAUGUCAGAGGAAGGAGAAGGACGAGAAGAGGGAGAGAGGGCCCGAAUACAAUGUCUGCUGCGAUUGUCAGAGAGCCAUCAAAUGAGGCUUUAAAGCGGUGAUGCCAUUCCCAGAUUAUGCUCCACUUGGAUUUGACGACUCAUGAUUAUGACUGACGGCUGGCUUCCUUUGUUGGACUUGAACAUAUUAUGAUAUUAAUGUGGUAUCUGGUUCCUUUAUGACUGCAGGAAGAGCCGACAUGGCGAGGAGGAUGAGAUGAAGUCGGAGCCAUCGAGAGACGGCAUGACAUAAUCCGCGGCCGCCAUCCAGCUUCAUCUUUCUCUCGCCGGCUUCACCUGGUUUCUUUUCUUCCACCAUCGCAUUUUUGCCUUGUUUCUCUU